UUCAGCCGGCGGCGGCGGUCCUGCCGCAGCGGCGGGCGGCACGGCACGGCACAGCACAGCACGGCUCGGCUCGGCUUGGCUCGGCUCGGCUUGGCUCGGCUCAGCACGGCGCAGCUGCCGGUCUCUGCCGUUCAGUCAGCGAGGCAUCCCUCCGCUCCCCCGGCGGCGAGGGCUCAGUGAGGGCUGCGCGGCGCCGGGAGCCCCUCCACAUCUCCCGGGCGCCGGCGGAGCAGAGUCAAAAUGUCAGACAAAAGUGAUUUAAAAGCAGAACUUGAGCGCAAAAAGCAACGUUUGGCUCAGAUAAGAGAAGAAAAGAAACGGAAGGAGGAAGAACGAAAGAAGAAAGAGGCUGACCUACAGCAAAAGAAGGAGCCAGCUCAGGAAGAUUCUGACCUAGACCGUAAAAGAAGAGAGACAGAAGCUUUGUUACAGAGCAUUGGUAUAUCUCCAGAACCACCUCUAGUGCAGUCGCUGCAUGUGUUAACAUGGGAUACCUGUUAUUUUCAUUAUUUAGUCCCAACCUCUAUGUCUCCCUCUUCGAAAUCAGUGAGCACACCCAGUGACGCAGGCAGCCAGGACUCAGGGGAUCUGGGACCCAUAGGAAGGACCUUGCAAUGGGACACAGACCCCUCAGUGCUGCAACUCCAGUCUGACUCUGAACUUGGACGCAGACUGCACAAACUAGGGGUGUCAAAGAUUACCCAGGUUGAUUUCUUACCUCGGGAGGUGGUGUCAUACUCCAAGGAGACGCAGACACCUCUUGCCACACAUCAAUCUGAAGAGGAUGAAGAUGACGAAGAGAUGGUGGAGCCAAAAGCACAGGAUGACUUGGAGAUGGAAAGUCAAGACCAGAAGCAGGAAGUGAAAGAAGCUCCUCCUAGAGAACUGACAGAAGAAGAGAAACAACAAGUUCUCCAUUCAGAAGAAUUCCUGAUAUUUUUUGAUCGGACAAUACGUGUAAUUGAGCGAGCUUUGGCUGAAGAUUCAGACAUCUUCUUUGACUAUAGUGGCAGAGAUGUAGAAGAAAAAGAUGGAGAUGUUCAAGCAGGAGCCAAUCUUUCCUUCAACCGACAAUUUUAUGAUGAGCACUGGUCAAAGCAUCGUGUUGUCACCUGUAUGGAUUGGUCUCUUCAGUACCCUGAGUUGAUGGUUGCGUCUUAUAACAAUAAUGAAGAUGCUCCACAUGAGCCUGAUGGGGUAGCCUUGGUAUGGAACAUGAAGUUCAAGAAAACCACACCAGAAUAUGUGUUCCAUUGUCAGUCCUCUGUGAUGUCAGUCUGUUUUGCCCGCUUUCACCCAAACCUUGUCGUCGGUGGAACAUAUUCUGGCCAAAUUGUCUUGUGGGAUAAUCGCAGUCACAGGCGCACUCCAGUUCAGAGAACUCCCUUAUCUGCUGCUGCUCACACGCAUCCUGUGUAUUGUGUGAACGUAGUUGGGACACAGAAUGCGCACAAUCUCAUUACCGUCUCUACAGAUGGCAAAAUGUGCUCCUGGAGCCUGGACAUGCUCUCAACUCCACAGGAGAGCAUGGAGCUUGUGUACAAUAAGUCCAAACCAGUGGCGGUUACAGGAAUGGCUUUUCCAACCGGAGAUGUCAAUAACUUUGUCGUUGGCAGUGAAGAGGGAACAGUCUACACAGCUUGUCGUCAUGGAAGUAAAGCUGGCAUUGGUGAAAUUUUUGAAGGCCACCAAGGGCCCGUCACAGGAAUCAAUUGUCACAUGGCAGUGGGUCCAAUUGACUUUUCUCAUCUCUUUGUCACAUCAUCAUUUGACUGGACAGUCAAAUUGUGGACCACAAAGCACAACAAGCCGCUCUACUCCUUUGAAGACAAUGCCGACUAUGUCUACGAUGUCAUGUGGUCGCCAGUGCAUCCCGCGCUCUUCGCCUGCGUGGACGGGAUGGGGCGCCUGGAUCUGUGGAACCUGAAUAACGACACCGAGGUUCCCACAGCCAGCGUCACCAUAGAAGGAGCUUCUGCCCUCAACCGUGUCCGCUGGGCCCAGGCUGGGAAGGAGGUAGCAGUUGGUGAUUCAGAAGGCCGCAUAUGGAUCUAUGAUGUUGGAGAGGUCACAUUCUGCUUGCACUCUGGCUGUUCCACACAAUGACGAGUGGACCCGCUUUGCUCGGACCUUGGUGGAAAUCCGUGCCAACCGAGCAGACAGCGAAGAGGAAGGGGCAGUGGAGCUGUCGGCCUAGAGGAAGAGGAGCUGCAGCGCCUGCCACCGCCAGAACAGCAGCUUUCACCCGCUGAGUACGCACGCCGGUGUUCAGUGUCAGAGUCAGUCUUGCUGUGGCUUUUGAUGCCAGUGUACAUGCCAGUAUUGCUCAAAGCAUUCUAUAUUAAUCACACUGCUUUACACAAGGCUGAAAAUAUCCAGAGCAUUUUCAUACUUUAUAUUUCUGUCUGAAAAGUAAGAAAGAAAAGACAAAUCAACCCUUUAUGGGUUUAGUUGUUGCCUUUUAACUACUUAGUAGCUGUAUUUAAUAGCUAGGAACCCCUGGUUAAACUUGUGCUCACAUUGCCCUUCUGGCAUAGUCCUAUUAAAUCCAUAUGAAGCCAGAUAUGAUUAUGUGCAGAUGUGGUGUGCUUCACUGUAUGGGACUGGGCCAAAGACUUUAGAUGUGGUGUUUCACAUGGUGACUUACAUUAUGAAUGGAUGUACUAUACGAAAGUUGCUGCUCCUUAUUUAUUGCGGUGUGCUGCAUGGAACAUAUUUAUUUGAAAGCAUUAAAAUAAACGAUCCUAAAGCAUGUGCAUAAUGAGAGAACUGCAUUGUCUGUGUGCUGCUGUAGAGGUUACAUUAAAGUCCACGUAACAAUUACAGUACAUCAGUUGUGCUUAAGAUAUAAGAUCUAUAAAGGUUGGCUUGAGUGGAUGGAAUGAGUUUCCUUUCCUUUUUUUUUUAAGAUGCCUAUUAUUUCUAGGCACUUUAUCUAUAUUUCAAAUACAGUUGGUCACUGAUACUUGUCAUGCAAGUUAACACUAACAGUCUGACUAAGGGUUGUGGUUCCUGAGUAUGACACUAGUAUUUGCCAAUAAAAUGUAUCAGGCCUGUUC